AUGGCAAUAAAACUUGAUAUGUCAAAGGCCUAUGAUAGGGUGGAGUGGCCUUUCCUUGAAGCUAUGUUGAAAAGACUGGGUUUUGGCUUGAAGAUGUGCAGUUUGAUAAUGAAGUGCAUUUCUUCUGUGAGUUAUUCAGUCUUAGUCAAUGGGAAAGUGGGGAGAAGUUUCUUACCUUCAAGGGGUAUUAGGCAAGGGGACCUUUUAUCCCCUUACCUAUUUAUCAUUUGUGCAGAGGGACUAAGCCAAUUGCUGUUAAAUUCAGAGAGGGAAGGUGCAAUAAGGGGGACAGCCAUAAGUAGGGGAGGCAUACGAGUGAACCACCUUCUUUUUGCUGACGAUUGUGUGCUUUUUUGCAGAGCUUUAAAGAGGGAAUGGAAAGUUAUCUAUUCCAUUCUAGAAAUGUAUGAAAAAGCAUCAGGGCAGGCCCCUAACAAACAAAAGACAUCCAUCUUUUUCAGCUCCAACACGACUAAGGUGGUAAAAAGAAUGUUGUUCCAAGAGGCUGGGGCAGUGCUUUGUGAUAGCUAUGAGAGGUAUCUAGGUCUGCCUGCUGUUGUAGGGAGGUCAAGGUAUAAUGCUUUUCGAAGCAUAAAGGAAAAAGUGUGGUUGAAGAUGCAAAAUUGGAAAUCUGCUUUUCUGUCCAAAGCUGAUAAAGAAGUUCUUAUAAAGGCUGUUCUCCAAGCCAUUCCUACUUAUACUAUGAGCAUUUUUCAACUGCCGAAAAGGUUGUGUAGGGAUAUUGAAGCUUUAAUGUCCAAAUUCUGGUGGAGUAACUGCCAAAAAGAAAGGGGUAUUCAUUGGAAAAGGUGGAGUUGGUUGGGAAUGGCAAAAGCUGAGGGUGGAUUGGGGUUUAGAAAUUUGGAAUCAUUCAACAGAGCAAUGCUAGCAAAACAAGGGUGGAGAAUUCUGAAGGAGCCUCUCUCUUUAGUUGCAAGAGUUUUCAAGGACAAGUAUUUUAAGAAUAUGCAAUUCCUUGAGGCACCUCUUGGAAGAUUGCCUUCUCUGAUAUGGAAAAGCAUAUGGUCAGCCAUGGGGUUAGUAAAGGAGGGUAUGCUUUGGAGGAUUGGAAACGGGAAGUCAGUAAACAUAUGGGGGCAGAAGUGGUUACCUACUCAAACAACUCAUUGUGUUCAAUCUGAAAUAAAAGUCCUUAAUCCCAAUGCUAAAGUAAGUGAGUUAAUUGAAGAACAAGAGGGGAGGUGGAAAGAGGAUGUUGUAGCAAAUAUUUUUAAUAAAGAAGAGGCGAAGGUGAUCUGUGCAAUUCCUGUUAGCAGGUUUGGAAGUGCAGAUAAACUGAUUUGGGGUCCAUCCAAAAAUGGAAAAUUUUCAGUCAAAAGUGCCUACUUUGUGGAACAAAAGAAAUAUGUGGAGAGUGGUCCAUCUCAUGUAAAAGAGGAGGUCGAUAUUUGGAAGAGAAUCUGGUCUCUUGAUGUCCCAGGCGUAGCUAAGCAUUUUAUGUGGAGAGCAGGUAUAUGGCAUAGAAGAAAUAAAGUUGUGUUUGAAAACAAGUUUGUAAGCCCAGGCACGGUUGUACAGCUAGCAAUUGGAGGGCUUGAUGAGUUCCAUGUUGCAAAUCAGAUAAAGGGAGUAAACCAAAAGCAUACUGCAGAGGGAGGUAGGGGGGAGAAUUGGAAGAGACCGAAUGGACAAUGGUUUAAGGCAAACUUUGAUGGGGCUUUGAAUAUGGAAAUGCAGAAGAUGGGGAUGGGGAUUGUGGUCAGGGAUAGCAAAGGAGAGGUUAUAGCAUCUCUAUGUGGCACAAAAGGGUCUGUAACUUCCCCUUUUAUUGCAGAAUUAAAUGCACUGUGGAGAACAAUGGAUUUUUGCUCUGAGUUGGGUUUGCAGGAUGUGAUAAUUGAGGGUGAUGCAAAAGAGCUUAUAGAUGCAAUUAACACUGAAACAGAAGAUGAAUCAUGGAAGGGACAGCUUGUGGAAGAUAUGAAGCAAAAGUGGAAGAACAGAAAACAAUGGGAUUUGAAGUUCAUAUACAGGGAAGGGAAUGUGGUGGCGCACCACCUUGCAAAGUUAGCUUUACAGCUAGAUGAUGAAGUGUGCUGGAUAGAAAAUGUUCCUAAGAAUGUAAACUGUUUAGUUCAAAGAGAUAAAGAUUGUAGUGAAAACAAUAUGAUGAAAUGA